AUGUAUGAUAAACAGAAUGCCCCGUCCCAACUUCUUCUUUUUGCUGAUCCUCCAAAUCUGAACGAACUCUGUACUAUCACGGCAAAAUUGAGCAAGCAGAUCGUACAACAGGCAUCUGCCGUACAGCCUCAGAUACUCAAAUGCAGAGAAAUAAUUUUCACUGAGCCUUCAAUCAUUGCCACUCCUGCACAUGAUGUCAGCAAUGCAUUUUACAUUGUCAUGGAGCAAUCACUUUUUAAAACUGGCAGAUUACAGGCAAGGUUUCAGAAAAUUGGUCUUGAGGCAAGCAAACCUUCAAUGGUAAGCCCUGCUAUGUACCAAGCCUGUCUGAGAUACACACUGGUAGCCAGGGUAGCUCCAAACUGGAACAAGACUGGUGAAUGGUUAAUACAAGGUCGAGAUUUUUUGACAUCUAAUGGUUAUGUAAAUGCUGUGAAGUUAGACAUAACAGUAAAUCGAGGAGAAAUGUUCUUUUCAUUAGAUGCCACAACUGUAAAAUUCCUGCCUCUGCAGGUGGAAGAUCUGGAUAUAUAUGGAAAAUGUUAUAAAGAAUUUAUGGAGAAUCCCAAUGCAGAAAUAGAUGAGUGUGCAAUUGGUUCCCCAUGGUCCCAUGUACUUCCAAGCAUGAAGAAAGGAAAAGUUGUAGGUGUAUCCCACACUUUGCCUCCAAAUGGGCCAUUCAAGUCAUACAAAGACCUCAAAAGACACUGGAAAAACACUUAUGGUUAUCGUCUUCCUGAGUCAGAGAAUGGAGUGAUUUAUUAUCAAGUUCAUUUUCGCCCACUUGGAGGAAGAAUCUUUACAUACCCAGAAGUUUGCCUGAGAGCAAGUGACAUCCAAAGGGUUCCACGUGUGGACCCAAGACCUAUAUUGACAGCUUUCCUCCAAGUUGUACAGAGCAAGAUGUCAAGUAUUUGUGGGAGCCCUCUCCGUCUACAAACCAAGGCCAAAUACCCAAUCUUAGAGCUUCUGCCAGUUACCCAACAGCAGGCAAACCUGUCAAACAAAUUAUCAAAUGGGAAAAUCAUUUACCGUAGCAAAGAGGAAAUGGAGAUAAUGUUGAACAAAACAUGCAGUGCUUCACAAGUCAAAACUGAUCAUAGUCAUUCCUGGCAUUCACAGAACAAGGUCCAUAUCCAACAAGAUGAAAAUGAUAGAAUAUUCCAGUGCAGAAAUGAGAUUAGUGAGCAAGGUGACCACUCCUUGUCUGAUGAAUCUCAGUCUGGAUACAGUCGCCAACUUGGUGAUGAUAUUCCUACAUCAACUACAGAAUCUUUAGAGUCAAAUCCUACACUAUGUAUUAGCUCAAUUCACCAACCUCCUAUAGCUACCUCUCGUAUAGUUCCUUCUUUUGCUCCAAAGAAGAGUUCCAACAGUCAAAAGUCCAACCUCAUUACUUUGUCUGGAUCUUCAACUAGUGCUCUAAAAAAUGUGCCUGUUUUCAAACCAAAGAAAAUUGGAACUAUUGACUCAACUGUUACACCAUCUGCCUCCGUCAGCACUGGCCCAAGAAUGUUUGAACAGAAUUUACAAGUGCUACCACAAAUCUCUUCUUUGUUCAAGGAGAAAGAAUCAUAUAGAGAAGAGAAAGGGUCUCUAUUAUCUCAAACAGACAAGGCACCAUCCGCCGCAUCAUCCUUUACAUCAAAUCCUGUAUCUGUGGCCUGUAGAAAGGGAAACUUCACCAGACAAACACCAAAUGUUCAGAGUCUGUCGUCUUCAUCGGCAAGGAUACCCUCCAAUAACACAAGCACAGGAAUGCAAUUAACAACACCAUCCACACUUCAGGCUCCAGCUCUCUCUUUCGACUCAACACCAGUGACACAUCAGUUGACCCCGAAAGGAACUCCUAGUACUGUAUCAAAGAAACGACUGAAGCAGGAUGAAGAUGGAUCACCAAAGGCAAAGAAACCAAGAGGUAAACCUCAGAUUCAAGGAAAUUUGGACAUUGAAAUAUUUGCUAGAACAAAUCAGCUACAGAAAGCCAAUGCUGCAACCUUGAUUGCCUGGUUGAAAGACAAAGGGAUACAGUACAAGUCUAAAGACAAGAAGUCUGAUCUAAUUGACAGGGUCAAAACUGUAUUAGGACUGGCUGUGGAACCUUGA